AUGCCCACUUGCGAGUCUUUUGGCUGCGAUGACGAAGGAUGCUACAAGGACGAGUACGGGGACUACUAUUGUCCUGAUCACUGGUUGCCUGGCUCCGAGGAGGAGCGCCACCUUGCCAAGAUGUUUGCCGGGUGUGUUGUAUGGGCGCCCGUCAUUCGCGACAUUGCUGUAGCUCCAAUGAAGCAAGACGCACUGGCCCUCAAUCCUCAAGCCUCCACUUGCACUGUCCAGCUGCCCCAGCCGAGCGAUUUUGUCGAUUUAUACCAGCACUUUAUGGUUGGAGCCUUCAACAUCAACGUCCCGAUUACCUUCGAUACGGGCGAGCGCUGGCUGGCUCGUGUCGGGCAGGGAGUCUCCUACAGCGAAGACCCCAACUCCGAGCGCCGCCGUGCACGAAGGGAGAGCGAGUUCCAGACUCUCAAGGUCCUUCAUGAGGUGGCUCCGUCUUUCAUUCCAAGGGUGUGGAAGCCUGAGCGCACAGCAGCCCAUCAAAUUUGUCCCGAAUACUACUUUAUGGAGUACAUCGACGGACAGCCAACCAAGGACUCGGAGGGUCUGCUGGUUCGCCCUCACUACGUCUGCGACAUUCGUGGAUGGAACCGAGCCACCAUUCGGGAUCUCGCCGCAUUUGCAGUCCAAGCUUCAGCUGUCUCGUUCACCGGCAUUGGUUCUCUAGUCCCUCCAGAACAAGACGACCCGUCUGCCCUUCCACAUGUGGGCCGUCUUCAUGUGCCACGCAUCUCCUAUAAACUUAAAGAGGGGUCUUACCUUUCCACGGCCGAGCUGUUUUACGCGAUGAUCGACCGGUCACUUGGGCACUUCAGCAAGCAAACCGGCAUUGAGACGGCUAAGAAGAAUCUUGGCAAGAUCCUCGAGUGUCUCGACAUCCGGGACAUGAUCAGCAUGUGCCCAGCCCUUCUUGAGGAAGGCCCUACGUACCUCAAGCACGCUGACCUCAAGCCAAAUGUCUUCCUUCUUAAACCCGAUGGUAGCCUUGCGGGCAUCAUCGAUUGGGAGUUGUAA